AUGCGAGAAGUAACAGACACCGCCCUUCAACGACUAUAUUGGGCCUGCCGGCGGAAAACGGGGUUUCCAGGAAGUAUUCCCGACGAGUCCACGGGCGUGGUUGCCACCACCGACAUUCUGAAGGGCAUGGGCCUGAUCAGACCCGAAUUUGAUGAGUUUGAGUUACCGAAAGAGAUGGAACAGACUCUACCGCCGGCCGAUCGCCCAGACCGGGCAAAGCGCCCACUUCUGGCCAUCAAACCUCGCGGCCACGAAGAUGACAACGACAUUCCAUCCAGUGCGUCCUCAUAUUCUACUGCCAGCAGCCCGCCGGUCUUGGGCGUGCAAACCUGUCAAGGCAACACAUCGCCGCCGGCUACGCCAUUCGACGAGAUCGAUAUGAAAGAUCAAUUCCUGGCAUACUCGCCGGCCGCCAAACCCGUGCGACCUGUCGACAAAAUUCAGAGCCCCGUGGAACACAUUCCUCUAUUCCACCAAGGAGAGAACAUCGCCGACUCGCAUCAUAUGGAUGUCGAGGCAUUCCUAGACAUGAGCUUCUGCGCACCAGCCACCUCAGCUCCGCAGCCUGUCUACAGCAACUACCGGUCGACGCCUUUCAGGAUGCCACCUAUGGCUGCGCCUCAUCUUCCCGACAUGCAAUCCCUCCGACCGCCACCUGAUCUUAUCUACGACGGCUUUCUUUCGCCGUGGCCGGGGUCCUUGGCCGCGGCGAAUCAAUCGGUUGCUAUAUAA